UGUAAUCUGUCAAAAACAGAAAUAAUCCACUGUUGUUUGUUGAUCAAAAAAUCAAAAUUAUUUUAUUUGUGAAAUAUCUAAUAUAAAUUUUGUUAAUAAAAAUGGAAAAUAAUGCACCUAUAGUAAAAAGUACUAUUUAUAUGGGAAAGAAAUAUGUUCCUAUAACUGAUGGAUGUAAGGCUUAUUUUCAUUUCCAAACAUGGAAAUUGGGGAAGAGGAGAGUUCUCUUAGAUGAUAGUAAGAGAAUUGGGAAGAAAGAGCCAAUGGUAUUAGUAAUUGGUCACAAAUUCAAACUAGAAGUAUGGGAGACAAUCAUCAAAAUGAUGGCUAUUGGGGAAGUUGCUAGCUUCCAAGUGAAAAAAGAGAUGGUCUUCAGUUACCCCUUUGUAUCAAAAACAUUGCGUGAACUUGGACAGGAAACUGGCAAAGUAAAACACUCAUGCACAAUGACACUCCAAACCGAAGGCAUUGGCUAUGCAGACCUGGAUGAUUUGAUGAACAAUCCAUGUGACUUGGAAUUUGUUAUUGAACUUCUAAAAGUAGAAAGUGAAGAAGAUUAUGAGAAGGACAUUUGGCAGCUUAAUGAAAAAGAAAGAUUAGAUUUUGUCCCCACCCUAAAGGAAAGGGGCAACAAAUUAUUCAAAGAAAAGAAUUAUGCUGAAGCUGAGGAAUGUUACAAAAAAGCAAUUGGUAUUUGUGAACAGUUGUUGCUCAGGGAAAGAAAAGGAGACGAGGAGUGGAAAAACUUGAAUACUAUUAAAAUGCCCAUAUUGCUCAACUACACACAAUGCAAACUGCUAAAUGAAGAUUAUUAUGCUGUCAUUGAACAUUGUAAUACAGUGCUACAGUUUGAUCCUGAUAAUGAAAAAGCUUUAUACCGACGUGCAAAAGCUCACACUGGAGCAUGGAAUCCUGACCAAGCCGAAGAAGACUACAGAAAGCUGAAGACAUUGAACCCAUCCAUGGCUGCCACCAUAGACAAAGAAUUAGAAAGAAUCAAAACAAUGCGACGACAAAAAACAGAGCAAGACAAAAAUGCCCUUAAAAAUUUGUUUGCAAGCAAUAGCAGCAUAUAGAGCCCUGAAACCUGUCCACUAGUGUCCAGUGCAAUACCAAAGUUUUAAGUUACCACAAAGUUUUAUUGUAGGUAGUUCAAUGCUAUUUUGUUAUUUCUGAAUAUCUGCAUUAUAUUUUUUUGGCAGAUACUCAGAGCAUUGUGUAGAUUAUACUUGAAUAGUGUACUUAUUAUUUAUUAAGUAGGUAAUUUUACCUAAAUAAAAUAAUUAACUAUUUUAAAUUCAAUGUAUUUCAAACAAAAUGGCUACAUAUUCCGCAUUUUAAAUAUCAUAACUUUAAGAGAUUUAUAGAAUUUUGUUUUGUUGUUAGUAAAGAAAUAGUUCACAUUGUGAUAUACAUAGUGUCUUUAUUUAAAUGUAUUAAUAUACAGUGUGUCCGGGCUUGUAGUGAUCAAACUUUAAGGACGUAAUCUAUGGACAAUUUUAUCGAUAAAAAUACUUCAAAUUUGGGGCUUGACCCAUUUAUCGCAAAAUUACAAGGAUUUAAGUUCUUAAUUUUUAGUUUUCACCUCUUCCUUCAAAAACAAGUGAAAGCGUGGGUAGCUUAACAUUAAUAAGCAAAUAUUUUAUAUCAUGCGAUAGCCAAUAAAAUUAUCUAUUAGCAAAAGUAGAAAACAGAUACAAGUUUCAUACAUUUUAAGGGAGUAAGAAUGGAUUUAAUUAGAAAAAAACAUGACUUUUUUCACUUCUUUUUCAGUUAUUUUCCAACACAAGAAAAACCAGGUCGUUAAGGUAUAUUUUAUUUGCAUUUUAUUAUUAGUAUUUGAGCUAUUCUACAAAACGAAUGUAAAUUUAUUAGUCUACGUUUAUUAGUUUCGACGUAAUUGUUGAACAAAGAUACCCCUUCCUAGCGGUUUCCAUAGUAAUCGGAAUAGGUUGUGUGAUUCUUUCAGGUGCAGUGCAUUUUCGCAUGUCGCGUGCGCUAUGGAAACCGCUAACUAAUAAACGUAGACUAAUAAAUUUACAUUCGUUUUGUAGAAUAGCUCAAAUACUAAUAGUACAAUGCAAAUAAAACAUACCUUAACGACCUGGUUUUUCUUGUGUUGGAAAAUAACUGAAAAAGAAGUGAAAAAAGUAAUGUUUUUUUCUAAUUAAAUCCAUUCUUACUCCCUUAAAAUGUAUGAAACUUGUAUCUGUUUUCUACUUCUGCUAAUAGAUAACUUUAUUGGCUAUCGCAUGAUAUAAAAUUUUUGCUUAUUAGUGUUAAGCUACCCACGCUUUCACUUGUUUUUGAAGGAAGAGGUGAAAACUAAAAAUUAAAAACUUAAAUCCUCGUAAUUUUGCGAGAAAUGGGUCAAGCCCCAAAUUUGAAGUAUUUUCAUCGAUAAAAUUGUCCAUAGAUUACGCCCUUAAAGUGUGAUCACUACAAGCCCGGACACACUGUAUAAAUAUUUACUGUCGAAAUUGCUUUUUAAUUUAUUUAAAACAUCGGAAAAUGUUUUCCUUUGCCACAUCAAAACCUGCCCCGUUUAGGGUCCGUGAUUUAAAACAUUGAUUGACCAAUGUAUUGACUACUUGCUCAGUGGUCGAAUACAGUGAGACACCACUAUUUUUAUUAAAUCUCGCUAAACGUAAUGAUAAUAGCCUACAAUAACCCUCCUUCUGGCGCAGUCGGGUAAAAAAUAGGUACCUUUCCUUUCCGCAUUCAAAAAU